ACACGCACCCUCGCGCGCGCACAGCCUCCCGCCACCCUGCCCGCCCGCUCGCCGGCGCCCGGAGCCCGCUCUGGCCGGAGAGAGAGAGAGCCGUGCCGCUGAUGACUCCACAGGAGGUGCCCUGGACAUGUGCUGCAGCGAGAGGCUGCCGGGUCUUCCCCAGCCGGUAGUGAUGGAGGCGCUGGACGAGGCCCAAGGGCUCCCUGACAUGCAGAGAGAGAUGCCACCGCCCCCACCGCCCUCUCCGCCCUCGGAGCCUGCUCAGAAACCUCCACCUCAAGGCGCUGGAAGCCACUCCCUCACUGUCAGGAGCAGCCUGUGCCUGUUCGCCGCCUCACAGUUCCUGCUUGCCUGCGGGGUGCUCUGGUUCAGCGGCUAUGGCCACAUCUGGUUGCAGAAUGCCACAGACAUCCUCUGCGCCUCGCUCACACUCCUGACACAGCUGGGACCCACGGCCUGGCUGGGCACCGGGACUUGGGGCAUCCCCAGUCUGCUGCUGGCCUCCCUAUCUGUGGGCCUGGUCCUCGUUACCACCUUGGUGUGGCAUAUCCUAAAGGGCUCCCCGGAGGCACCCACCCCACUGCCCGCAGAGGACAGGCGCCAAUCUGUGAGCCGCCAGCCCUCCUUUACCUACUCGGAGUGGAUGGAGGACAAGGUGGAGGAUGACUUCCUGGACCUGGACCCUGUGCCCGAGACGCCUGUGUUUGACUGCGUGAUGGACAUCAAGCCUGAGGCUGACCCCACCUCGCUGACCGUCAAGGCCAUGGGUCUGCAGGAGAGGCGGGGCUCCAACGUCUCCCUGACCCUGGACAUGUGCACCCCGGGCUGCAACGAGGAGGGCUUCGGCUACCUCGUGUCGCCCCGUGAGGAGCUGGCCCACGAGUACCUGCUCAGCGCCUCCCGAGUCCUGCGAGCCGAGGAGCUGCACGAGAAGGCCCUGGACCCUUUCCUGCUGCAGGCCGAGUUCUUUGAAAUCCCCAUGAACUUCGUGGAUCCAAAAGAGUACGACAUCCCCGGGCUGGUGCGGAAGAACCGGUACAAAACCAUCCUUCCCAAUCCCCACAGCAGAGUGUGUCUGACGUCGCCAGACCCCGAGGACCCGCUGAGUAGCUACAUCAACGCCAACUACAUCCGGGGCUACGGUGGGGAGGAGAAGGUGUACAUCGCCACGCAGGGCCCCAUCGUCAGCACGGUGGCCGACUUCUGGCGCAUGGUGUGGCAGGAGCACACGCCCAUCAUCGUCAUGAUCACCAACAUCGAGGAGAUGAACGAGAAGUGCACCGAGUACUGGCCGGAGGAGCAGGUGGUGUAUGAUGGCGUGGAGAUCACCGUGCAGAAGGUCAUUCACACUGAGGAUUACCGGCUGCGGCUCAUCACCCUCAGGAGCGGGACUGAAGAACGCGGCCUGAAGCACUACUGGUUCACGUCCUGGCCCGACCAGAAGACCCCAGACCGGGCACCCCCGCUGCUCCACCUGGUGCGGGAGGUGGAGGAGGCGGCCCAGCAGGAGGGGCCCCGCUGUGCCCCCAUCGUCGUGCACUGCAGUGCAGGGAUCGGGAGGACCGGCUGCUUCAUUGCCACCAGCAUCUGCUGCCAGCAGCUGCGGCAUGAGGGAGUGGUGGACAUCCUGAAGACCACGUGCCAGCUGCGACAGGACAGGGGUGGCAUGAUCCAGACAUGUGAGCAGUACCAGUUUGUGCACCACGUCAUGAGCCUCUAUGAGAAGCAGCUGUCCCGCCAGUCCCCAGAGUGACCACACUCCUCCUCCCAGCCCCUCCGGGCCCCGCCCAGCAGCCCCGGGCCUUGCCUGGGGUCCCGCCCCUUGCCU